ACCGUUAAAUUGACUGUUUCAUUGAUAUAAUAUUCUUAAUAUAAUUCUUAAAGUUUAAAAGCAUUGCUCAUUUUACAAUAAUUGUGGUUUAAAAAUUUGUUUGUAUCACACAAUCAUUAUUAUUACAAAAAGAUUAUAAUGGCAUAUCGAACAAAAAUUUGCAAUCAAGGUGGAAUCUUUAAUGCAUCUAGACCAUCUGAAUACAGCUCGGAAACUCGGAAAUUUUUGAACGAGUUGAUCAAGGAGAGCCGCUUAACAACAUUACAGAGGAAAUCUCUCCAGGGUUGGCUAAAAUCCGGUGGUGAUACGCCGUCAACGAUAUCUAAUCGUCCAGUGUCCGUAGUGUCUGCAGAUCCCAUCAAACGGUACCGGUCGACCAGACCACGAACGCUUAAGGACAUCAUCGAGUCUGGAGCGUAUGAACCGGAAUCCUACAGACCAAACACGAAACAAAGUAAACAAAAUAUCUAUACAAAAAAUACUACGUCGUCUGUGUUUGUACUACUACUUAAAAAUUACAACGGAGAAAAAGAAAAACUGCAGAGUAUUAUGGCUUACGGCAAAGUGACUAAAUUAGAUCCAGUAGCUGUAGUUAAAAAUCCCAAUAUUCCAAAAACUACAAAUGAAUGUACCGAUGAAGAACUCAUUAACUCAGUGAUAUUAGAAAUUGAAGAUCGUGAAAAAUUUCUAACCGACAUGGAGGAUUUGGGACAAGGAUCCAAGUACAGUGCCACUAUAAUUCAUGAGAUUUGUGACCGAAUAAAAAAACUGGAAGUGUUUGUCAAUAAAAAUGCCUGUAGUUAUAGGCAGGCAGACGUGCGUGCCAUUGCAAAUAAAUAUCGAAUACCGUUGGGAUCACCAAAAACACUACCAGGAUCAUUAUCUAUCAUUUGAAUGAUAUAUUUAAUUCUCCAAAAAAAAAAAUUUUAAUUGAAUUACAUCAUUUAAUUCAAUUGAUUUUCCAGCAUCAGGCUAGAAACUAGGUAACUAUAUAAUACAGCGUUGUCCGACUAUUAUGUUUCUGUAAAAAUUUAAAAUUUAAAUAUAAAUUGAAAAAGUGCACAAAAA